AAUAUUGCCAAGGAAACACCAAGCAUACCAGUUAACCCGGAAAAGCGUAUUGGCUAUGUCAUUUUAAGCCAAUCAACACAGAGAGGGGUGGAGUUUAGAUCCGCCCAUAUUUCCAAAACACACUGAGAGUAUUUGAGCAACCGGCGGAGAGAAAAUGUGUCAGAGAGAAUAUUCGGGAGCAGGAGGCAGAAACACAGUCGAGAGGAGCCUUCAUUCAUUCAUUCAUUCAUUCAUUCAUUCAUUCAGACUGUGUACUUUAUCCACCAUGUCUGUGUACAACUCGUUCUUUGAGGACUCUUCGUUCCUGUGGACUUCUAUCCUGUGCUCGGCUUUCAGCGUGUGGACUCUGGUUCAGGUUAAUCUGAUGUCCCUUGAUAGAACACAGUGUCUUCUAGAAAUGUAGGAGUCACCUUCAGCAGCCAUCGCGGUGAGGUUCUGGUGAUUGGGUCAAAUCUUCCAAUCAUUGCUGCUCCGGGUGAUGAUGUCAUCCUGCCGUGUCACCUGGAGCCCACGUUCAAUGUCCAGGGUAUGACGGUGGAGUGGUCCAAACCCGACCUGAAGCCCGACCCGUCGGACCGGCUGAGCCGAGUGGAGUACGUUCACCUGUACAGGGACAGGCAGGAGGUCCCCGACAUGAAGAUGGCCUCGUACUUCAGGAGGACGGAGCUGUUCAUGGACGACAUGAAACACGGGAACAUUUCACUGAAGAUCCUGAACGUGUCGGAGGAAGACAACGGCAGAUACAGAUGUUUCAUCCCCAAGCUGCAGAGCAGAGUGAAAGCUGCUGUUGUUGAACUUGUAGUCGAUCCAAAUUUUGCUAAAACCUCCACGACGGAGACGCCAUUGCACUUCCAAACUCCAGAUCCUCAGGACGCGACUCCAGCAAACGCAGGUCGAUCCAGGGUCUCUGUGGUCGCCGUUGUCAUCACCUUCAUGUCGGUUCUGGUUGUCGUCGCUUUUUCUGCGUGUUUCUCUCGCUGCCUUCAUCAGAAAUUAAAUAAGCUUUCAGAAGGCAAAACGACCCAAAGCCAAGUAUAACUAUUCCAGGUGCCUUGCUAAUGUUGGUGUUAAUGGAGCUGAGACCAUUUGAGAUUUAUCUUUUCUGGAUCUUCACAGUCAAGUGGAAAAUUUAAACCAGCAGCCACUGGGAGACACUCGGGCCAAGCAGCACUGAGGUCAUCAUAAAGGCAGUGGAUUUAUUUAUCGAGCUCAUUUUCAAAGAAAAAGAACAUUUAAGGAUUUAAGGACUUCCUAGUCCCUUUAAUGCAAGACUGAAGAAAACCUCCUUUGCUCAAGAUGUAGAAGGAUGAAGAUCAUAUUUAUUUUUAUGGAUUUGUAUUAACUUGAAGACUUAAAAUUCUAACUUAUUAAAGUUUUACACCUUACUGGUUAAGGACAAAGUAAUUCUUCCUAAAAGCUACUAGUGAUGGACAAAUUAAAAGAGGAAGUCCUCCCUGAAAUCGAUUUGCUGCUUUAUUUAGAAAGUUUUAUUGGACAUUUCCAGCUCAGUGUGUUGGAAAAAGAUUUUUCUAUCAGUGUGGAUCUUGGAGAUGCAGAAGAUUGUAAAAACAUCAACAGGAUUUGAUGUAACCAUAAAGUUUGGAAACCACAUUCAGGACUUUUUGUUUCUUCAUGUUUACCAAAUCAGUUUAAUGCAAGUCUGAAUCAAAACAGGUCGGUUAUCGUGACACUGAUGUGGAGAAAGUGUUUACUUACAAAGGCUGUCCUGGAUGACAUCAUGUAACUGAUUUUCACAUGAGACUUUAUGUUUUUAAACUAAUUUAUCAAAUUUAGCUUGAAAUUGGCUGGUGGGCAGAUCUCUACGACAGAGUCAAUGCAUUUCUUAAGCUGAUACAGAGCUCCGGUUUAUGUAAGGAAAACUAGAAGUGUCUAUAUUUUUUCAUUUUAAGUUACAAAAUAAAGAUACAAACAGAUUCUGAUUUAAAUUUUUGUUGCAGUUAUCAGUGAUAAUUUCAUCAUGUACAUUUGAUCUACCUCUGGUAAACGACACAGCUAGCUCCCAUUCUCCUUGUUUCUCAUGGAAAUGCAACAAAAUAUCAGCGCUUAUAGAAGAGUAGAGCAGACAUGUGGACACGUUGAUGCCAAGGAAAAGCAGACGCUUUGUGAACCGUGUGGGGCAACUCUCACACAAGCAGCACUUUAUAUGUUAGACAGUCAACUUUAGACUCAAAGAUUUAGCUGCUUACUGGAAAUGACUAAAACUACAUCAAAAUUUACUUUCAAAAUUAACGAUGACUGAGAGACUAAUGCCUAGCUGUUAUUUCAUUCCUCUUUAACUGAUGACCUCAGACAGAUCCUUCACUGACCAGUCUAAUAACCACUCCCUGAACACCAAACGCCUGCAGGCAGGGCACCAAGAUGUUGUUUGUGCUGUUUGUUGUUUAUUGCUGCUUUUAUAGUUUAUAGCGGUUAUUUUGUAUUAAGAGUCACAAUGUAGCUCCAUGUACCUGCGCUCUGCAUUAUAAGCUCAAACAUACCCAGCAAACAUCCUGAGAGCCUCUCUCAGGUCAAAACUGACCAUAGUACGAUUGUUUCAGUCAACUCAGAAGUUUGUGUGUUCAAUUCAUGUUUUAGGCUUCAUUGGACCAAUUUUUCUUUUUGUAUAUUUUGUUUUGUUAUAAUUGAUUAAGGAAGAGUAGAACACAAUUUUAGGACACAAAAUUUCUUAUCGUAGAAAGCAACAACAUCCAGGCCACGGAUGUGCAUUUUAGAUCGAGGGCCACAUACAGCCAACUUUGAUCUUAAGGAACAGACUGGAACAGGUCAGAAUGGAGUCUUUGUUGGGCCGAUUCUGGACCCUGGGCCUUAUGUUUGACUCCCCUUAUCUAGGCGAUGUUAAAGAGUAGAUCAAAAUGAUGUCUGUAAUGUCUACAACUUAGUUCAAAUUUAAGUUUGGAACGUUUUUUUCUAACCAGGAUAAAAAACAAAAAACAAGUUAUUCAACAUCAAAAUGUUUGCUGGGUAGGUGAAUAUUUACAAAAAAAGGCCUUUAUCUGCCUUUUAUUAUUUUUGCUUAUUUUAAUUUGUGUUUUUCGUUCCCUGCUUUAGCACUUUAUUAACUGCACCUUACAUUUAUUUCAGCUCAUUUGUCGUUAAGGCUUGACUUUCAUUUUCUUUUGCUUUUGUGUAGAAACUUUGUACAAAUGUUCCAGUUCUAAUUAAAAGUGUUGCACGCCUCAUCAAACUGGUCAUAUUUCAUUACCACUGUUGUCUUGUGUGUUUCACAGACUGAAAGAGCCACUGCUUCUGCACUGAAUUAAAGUUGUGUGUCUUUGUGUUCUUUGUGCAUCUGUUCUGUUGUGUACAGAUGGAUACUGGGACUGUUCACAGUUUUGAAGAUUUUAUAUAAAGUUCAUUCUCGGAUGGAUUUAAAUAAAGUUAUUUUUUAUAUGAA